AUGGAGGAAGGCGAGAGCUCAUCCAGAAGUGUUGCUAGGGACGAAAUUGAGAGCUUUCACGUAGUUACUACCGAAGAUAAAAAGGUAAAACGAAAGGGAUACCUGGCCAAAAGGGACGCGACAAAGAUUUGUCUUUAUGAUGAGCAAUUUACGCGGUGGCGGCAGCUAAAAAAUGAUUUAAAUGUGAAGACGGACAAGGAACUAGCGACCUUGCUUCUUGAUAAUUAUUCGAGCACGAAGCAAGUUUUAACGACAAGGUAGGAAAGAUGUAUUGUAUUUAUAAAAUAAUUCAAAAUUGGAUUAAACAGUGGUUAUAUCUCCUUUUAUAAAUCUUGUAGCGAAGCGGAAACACAAACAGAUGAAAGUCAUCAGGUCACAAUGGAAACUCUAUUGUCCAAAUCUCCAGGUAAAUUUUGUGAUAUAACAGCUGUGUAUUUGUUUUUGAAUGUUACAGUAAUUACGACUAAAGUUUGUAUUAUAUUUAUGUUUUUAUAGUUCUAACUUCAACGCCAAAGGAAGGAAUACAUCGAACUGAGCAUCCUCUUUCCACUCCAAAACGUAGACGAUUGUCAAUGACAAAUAUGGAGACGAAACAUGGUACUCAAACGUCUGCUGAAUCUUUCUCUAUGAGGUACGUGGUAUUUGAAUUUGUGUUUUACUCGAAUGAAUAAGACUCGUAUGGAUAAGAUUUCAUAAAUGACUAGAUAUUUGAUAUCUUUUUAUUUUUCACCAUUUCCUGUGAAUGUGAUUUCGCAGACAUGCAUUUGAUAUCAUACAGCUGUAUAUAACUUCUUGAGUCAUUUGAUAUUUGUUUAAAUAUUUGAUGCUUGACACGUUGACAAUGCCACACUCAAUAACUUGAUUGAUAUUUAUGAUGUUACUCUGAGUGACAAAUUUGAAAAAUAUGCCUGGCAAUGGUGUGAAUUAAACCUAAAUCCAAAUGCCCUGCCAACUGAUAUACAUGGUCAUGUCGGUUUGAGUAUGUGAUAUUUCAGGACUGAGUCAAGUUCCUUCAAAUUCGACCCGACCUGACUGCAUAGCUCAGUUGCCAGAGCAUAGUAUUGCAUAGGUUCAAUUCCCAUGGCCUGGUAUAUUUUUCAAGCUUGCCCGGUGUGUAUACAGAUCAUAUUCAUCUGAGUACAUGGCACCAACAUAGAAAAAACCAUUAAUGUGCACAUGAGUCAUUAUUAACCCCCACCCACCCGGUGGAAAGGUGGGGAUUUGUUUUGGCCACCUUCAUCAAAUAGGCAAAAGCCCCCAUACCAGGGAACUACUUUCUCAUAAAAAUUGUAAAAACCCUCUUAUAGUGUACUUAUGACAAUUUUCCUCUUUCCAUGUGUUUUCUGUUGCCUUGGUUUUGUAGUGUAUAACCAUUGACCAUAUAUAUGCAUUGUACAUUCCCCUACCCAUGGGGGCAAAUAACAUGCAAAACGUUUUAAAUGCCCAGCGUAAUAGGCCAACAAAUUAAUAGUAUCCCAUGUUAACUGCACUGUGGGCUGGGUUUAACAUUUACUCAUGCAUAAAAAGUUUUGGCAUUUAAGGAAACUUAGCCCAAGCAGAUUUUGGAUUUAUUUAUGCAUGUUUUAAAUUAGAACUCAACAGUUUCUGUAUCAAUAAAUUCUGUAUCAACAGUUUCUGUAUUCAAUAUAAAGAUAGACUACAUGGAAAAUAUAGAUAAAACUUCAAGUUGAAAUAUUCUCUAUAUUUUCCGAUAUUCACACAAAUGAAUCUACCUAUAUGUUUUAAAAACCUGGCAUUUCAUAGUUUUUUUACCAGUUUAACUCUUUGUAAAAUUUUGAAAUACCACAUACUUGCAGGUACAUGAUGCAUUAGAAAUGCAUAUACUUAUGUUUUAAAAUAUCAAUAUUUAUAACAUAGGACUAGUUUGAAUACUGGUAACUUAGAGAAAACCCUGACAGCCAGUGAAUCAGAUGGCAGUGAUACUGAGCGUUCAGAUGCCUUUAGGUAAGUGUUACAUGAGCUGCAGUUUACUUUUAUAUGUUGUAGGACUGUUCGGUAUACCGAUAUAUUAAAAAUAUCGGUAUCAAAUCAAUAUUGGUAUAUAUCGAUACCGAAUAUUCAACCAUACCGAUAUACCGAAAUUUCCAAUAUACCGGAAUUUUUCGGUAUACCGUGUUAAAUUUACCAACUAUAUGACGAAACCAUAACCUUUAUUUUACUACUGAAUGGCAAUUCAAAUAAUUUUCUACGGCAAUGAUUUAGAAUUUCCACUUCAGUGAGAUUUUACACUUCGAAAUUAUCGUUUUCCCCUUAAGAAUUACUCAAAAUUUCCUUGAAAUUUCCAUUAAAGAAUUUUCCUUUAUAAUUAUCAAAGAAAAACCGGUAUACCGAUAAUAUCGGUAUAAUUUUUUUGGUAUACCGAUACCGGAAAUUUGUCAUACCGAACAUUCCUAAUAUGUUGACAAUACAAGUUAAUACUACUGUAAAAUUAGUAUUUAUAUAAUUAACUGUUAUCCAGAUUUCAAGAUGAUCUUCCAGAUCUAGAAAAUAUGACACUGGAGGAAGAGGUGUAUGAUACACAAAUUGAAGGUCAUGAUGAUGAUGGUGAUGUUGAUGAUGAAGAGGAUGGUGAUAGUAGUGACAGAGGACCUUGUCAAAGUCAAGUUGUCAGGAUUGCACCAGUUGACAUACCCACACUUGAGUUUUGUUUGGUUUCAACCUCAGCAGUCAUGGAUCUGUUGCACAAAUUGCAUGGGCCAAUGUGUAAACGAAGAGAGUGUAACAGAGAGCUAGAUUUUGAUAAUAGCUUUGUUGGUUCAUGCCUUGUUGUUCAUUGGUCAUGCAGUGCUGGCCACUUUGGUGGAAGGUGGUCUGCACAACCCCAAUGUGAAGGCAUUCGUGCUGGCAAUCUGCUCUUAGCAUCAGCCAUACCAUUAUCGGGGAAUUCCUACACAAAGGUAGGAUUUCUAUGCAAAGUGAUGAAUCUGCAUUUCUUCUCAAAAAAUCUCUACAACCAAUACCAGAGCUUGUAUAUUGGACCUGCAGUAAAUGAUUAUUGGGAAGUUUUGAGAAAUGAUGCAUGGAAAGAAAGAGAAGAUAAAGAAAUCAUCCUGAGUUCCGAUGGAAGAAAUGAUUCUCCAGGACAUUCUGCACAGUACUGUACAUAUUCCUUUGCUGAUAUGGACACAAAAUGCAUAUUGGAGCUCAAUAUUGUUGAUGUCAGGGAAGUGGAAGGAAGAAAGAGCCCCAACAUGGAGAGAGUUGGUUUCGAGAGAGGAUUGGAUAAGCUAAUCGGAUCCCAGAUGAACAUUAAAGAGGUGGUUACGGAUGGCCAUUUGGAAAUUGGUGCUUUGAUGA